AUGGUCGGGACACAGAUCACAACUGCACAGAUUCUGGUCCUAAACCGGCACAAGAUCUUUACCCCUCGAGCUCUGAGGUGGAUGCAGACAAUGAUAUUUGCUGUGAGAGAAAUAAACCAGCGGGAAGACCUUUUGCCAAACCUAUCUCUGGGCUACCACAUCAAAGACAGCGGUGAUGACAUAACUGUAUCUGUGAAGAGGUCUCUUCUCCUGGUCAAUGGACAGCCAGAGAAGGGCAGUGGACAAAGCUGUGAAGACACACAAAAGGAGCCGAGCCCUGUUAUUGUGGGAGAAGCAUCAUCAGGCAUAUCCAUGGCUGUUCUGAGAAGUCUAGGCUCCUUCAAAAUACCUUUAGUGAGCUACUUUGCAUCCUGUUCAUGUCUCAGUAACAAGAGAGAGUUUCCAGCAUUCAUGCGGACAAUGCCAAGUGAUCUAUUUCAGGUUAAAGCUUUGGUAAAACUUGUCCAUUAUUUUCAAUGGACAUGGGUCGGGGUGAUCGGUGUUGAUACAGACUAUGCUCGAUUUGCCAUCCAGCUCUUCUUAAAAGAGUCUGAAAAUUUUAAUAUUUGUCCUGCUUAUGUCCACCUUUACCCUGUUGCACUGACGAAAGAUGCAGCUGAAGAACUUGUAAAGACUUUAAAAUCUUCUUCUGCCACAGUCAUAAUUAGCUUCACUGUGGACUCCUAUUUGCAUGGUAUUCUAAAAGAGUGUAGACGACAAAAUGUUACUCAUCUUCAGUGGAUUGCCAGUGAGGCCUGGGCCACAUCAAAAGCCCUCUGGGAUGAUUUUGGUGAUUUGUUAAUGGGAACAUUAGGGUUUGCCAUACGGAGAGCUGAUAUCCCACAACUUGGCAGUUACCUCAGAAGAGUAAGUGAUUCUGUUGCUCAGAAGUCACAUUUCCUCUCUGAGUUUUGGGAAGAGACUUUCCAUUGCCGGCUGAAUGGGUCCUUAAAUACUCAUAUGCAUGGAGAAGAGCCACAGAACUGGCCACUUUGCAAUGGCAGUGAGAGUUUGGAUGAUGUAUACACUCCUUAUUCAGAUGUGUCACAACUCAGAGUCUCCUACAAUGUUUAUAAGGCUGUGUAUCUCAUAGCACAUGCACUACAUGACAUGAGCACAUGUGAACCAGGAAAAGGCCCCUUUCAGAAUGGGACAUGUGGGAGUCUGUAUCCUAUUGUGCCAUGGCAGGUAUGUAUUAUUUUAUAUUUUACAUUCUCCCCAAGUAAUAUGCUUAAAAUUAAUUAGCAUACAGUGUGCACAUAUUAAAGCAAUGAUUCAAUUAUAUAAAGUGAAGA